UUUGAUAUAUUAACUUUUGCAUUUUACAUUGUAUACUAAUGUUUACGUUAUGACGUUGAUUCCCCAAGUGAGUAAAUAUAUUUCUUCUUCUUGACGUCUGCUUUUCGUUCCAGCCCCUUCCACUCCCCUCCCUCCAAGAAGAACGUCACCGGAGCUCUCGGCUCACAACAUGCGGACGUCGAGGCUGCAGCUGGCCGCCGUGCUGGCGCUGUUGGCCGCCGCGGGCUGCUCGCUGGCGGAGGUGAUCGAUGACGUGCUGGGCAGCCUCUCCAAGGGCGCGGCGUUCCUGGAGCGCCAGCAUGAGCACAUCAACCUGGACGGCGUGGUGGGCUUCCUCAUGCUGCAGGCUGAAUUGAAGGAGGCAGUUAGGACAUGGCCUCACUCGGACCCGGUCAGCUGGGCUCAGAGGACGGCCUCCGUGGAGCUGGUCAAACGUCUGGACCGAAGUUUUGACGACGCCAUCGCCGCCCUGGAGCAGAAUGAUCCCAAAUAUUACCAAGAGUUUGAACCUCUCCUCACCUGGAGGUUCUGGCAGGUUCCUCAGGAGUGGAGCACCACAGACCCCAGCCUGGUGUACCCCUCGGCCACCACCAGCGAGUGUUAUGACGAGCAGCUCAGCGACAAGUGUCUGACGCUGCUGCUGGGCACCUGGAAACUGAAGGGGACACCGUGCAUCGUCACCAAACCCUGUCGGGACACCAUGACUCGUUUCGGCUGCCCUCACUACUCGCUGUCUCAUCAGCUGCUCUACUUCAUGAUUGGGAAGAUGAAAGGCUGCUCCAACCUGCUGAAAGGCGACAUGCGAGCAUCCCGGACCAACAUGACGGAACGCAGCUACCAGAAGAUCUUCUGCUCCAACAUGAUGAAGACCAACCAGGACAUCAUCAGGGAGGGGCUGACAGAGCAGACGGCUGACAUCUUCAUCGAGAACAUCCUCAUCUGUGGUCUGGCCGGCUUCUCCGACUUCUACAAACCUGACUGGCUGCAGCACAUCCUCCGCCUGCAAGACGACGAGCUGGGCUGCUUUGGCCGUGACAGGAGCAUCAUCUCGCAGAUGAUCGGAGACGAGCUGCUGGAGCAGCUGCAGCCUCACCGCCGCGUGAAGAGGAGAGAGAAGAUACUUUCCGAUGGCUGCUCCAGUCACAUGACGGCUGUGGCGGUUGGCGCGCUGGGAGGAUAUUUAAACUACUACCUGGCGGAGCAGGACAUAACCAAGAGGCCCCUCUCGUGAUCCCCCAACCCCCCCAGUCAUGGUGGGCAUGAGUCCAAGAUUGGUGUCUGUGGCCCAAAAUGGAAACUUCCCCCCCCGUUACCCGGUAGAGCGCAGAGCGAGGACUGAAUGGUACACCUUCAUUGAUACUAUUCCCCUUUUUGGUCCUUAAGCGGCUCUUCAUGGAGUCCUCCACAAAGCAGAGUAGAGAAGAAGUUGUUAUUGUGCCAUCCUGCUAACAAACCAACACAACAUAAGUGAUAUAAAAUAACUUUAAGUACCAAUAUAAGCUGCCUGUUUUAUAUUCCAAGUAUAAUGCACAUACGUAUGAAGUACGAAGCCUUUUGUGUCAUGACCAUGAAUGUAUGGAAAAACACCACAUCCAAAAUAAACACAUGGACGUGUGUGUGCAGUGUUUCAUACAGGACUGCUAUGUAUCUGUGGUGUGUGUGUGUGUGGUGGGGGGGGUCCAUCAGGAAAAACUGUGUGCGACGUUAUCACACAUUUGUGGUAGGAUUAAAAAACAUUUGUGAUGCCAUAUAUGGCUCACUAUAUGGCUGUCCAUCACAAGUCAAUAAAUGUAUGGGAAACAUUAGUGUGUGUGUGUGUGUGUGUGAGCCAGAGUGUCUCUGCCGUUUAAAUCCUGGUGGUGG